AUGGAACACACUACCAGUAAAAGCUCCGAUGCCGAGGAUACCGAAGAGAAUGAUGUUAGCUCGGAAACAUCCAGCAUUCGGUAUGAUCAUGAGCCAUUCGAAACGUUUCGCGAAAAGAUUGGAGCAGUGGCAGCUGAAUUGCUCGACACAGAAGUGAACUGCAUCGACGUCGAACGCAUGAAAGGCGGAAGCUCCAAUCGCGUAGUUGGCUUUCAAGCGCAUGCACUCAAGACGAAGCGGCAUUGUUCUAAUUGGCUGCAGAAAUGCCUCCGAAUUUUCCAGCGAGGCCAGACCCAGGCCGUUCCGGACAAGUACAUUGUUCGCAUCUCACGAUACGACAGCAAAGAUCUGGAACGACAGCUCGCGAUAUUGAAGGUUGCGAAAGACAGACUACCGCUGCCAGUUCCAGAGGUUAUGGGAUAUGACCUGACUAGCGAUAACAUUCUUGGAAAACCUUACAUGAUUCAGAAGCGCAUACCUGGACGCCUAGUCACCAGCAUGCUCCAAGAAUUGAAUCUGGAGCAGAAGGUGAGCGUUGCAAAGCAAGUCACUGGGCUUGUCUCUCGCAUCGCGUCAUUGAAAGCCGCAUCUGGUGAAAUAAGUGUGGAUAAUCUCACAGCGGCCACAUCUGAACCUGUAUGCGUCGAUAAAUACGGCGUUCCUCGCGGUGAGACGGUCAAGGCGACACCUCAAAAGCCCAUCGAUCAUUUACUUGACCAAUGCGAAAUAUGGCGUCAGUUCCAGAUCUCCAAGGGCUACUGCUUUGAAGAUAUUUGGGACAGUUUCGUAGCGAUCUCCAGAGCUCUCGAAGCGCGCGGCUUCCUUGGCGAAGAGUGCGUUCUUGUUCACGGGGAUUUCCGCGAGUACAAUAUCCUCGCAAACAUUUGCAGUCCUACUGGAGUACACAUCACUGGUAUCAUCGAUUGGGAUGAUGCUCAUUUCGCGCCCUCCUUCAUGGCAUAUCGCUCCCCUUUUUGGCUGUGGACAGCAGAAGAUGCAGAGUCUGAUGUUACAGAGGAUGAGAAGACGGCUUUGUUGGACCCUGUCAAUGAAGAAGAUCAGAUCAUGAAACAGACGUUCUUAGAUUAUGCGUCGCAAGAGUAUAAGCGGCUUGCAUUUGCGCCCGAAGCUAUGCUGGCACGGCGCAUGUACCAUCUUCUGAGGAAAGGCAUCUUUGGCGACUGGAGUAUGAUGGAGGCAGACGCUGUCAUUAGCGAGUGGGAUGAACUGCAUCCUGAAGACGCCGUUGUGGUAAUUGACGAUGAGAUUGACGUAGAAAGCGAGGCAGAAGCAAAUGAAACUUAG